AUGAUCGUUUUGAAGCGAAUAUGUCUGAGCAGGAGCAUUACCCUGUUGGGGAGCCUUCGCUGGAUAGCCAGGAAACAGCCGUAUUUUCCCAAAGGUCGUUUGGACGAGAACACUGGGCGUCAGCGGUUGUACGGCUGUUUCAUGCUUGUAAGCUGUGAUAUGCCAGUGCAUUUUCUCUCGUUGAUAACUAAUAUUUUGCAGCUCAUCCCUGUUACCACAUUUGGGCUUGGCUGCUGGCAGGUAUCUAGGCGUCGAUGGAAGAUAGAUGUGAUCAAGAAGUUAAAAGAACGAGUGAAAAGAGAGCCCGUUCCUCUCCCCCAGGAUCUGCGCCAGCUAAACGAAAUGGACUAUUGUCCGAUAAGAGUAACCGGCGAGUUCGACCACAAUAAAGAGAUCAUAAUCGAAAACAGGCGUCGCGGCGACCCUAACUUAUUGCGCAUGGGCAAAAGCAAGGAGAGGGAGAGUGUACCGGAUAUGGGCGUUCAGAUCGUCACACCAUUCAGAUUUAAAAUAUUGGUCAAUCGUGGAUGGGUACCGAUGUCAAAAAUGGAACCUGAGACUCGGAAAGAGGGACAGCUGGUGGGCAUCAAUCGACUUAGUGAAAAGAAACCGUGGCUCGGCAUGGAGAAUAAACCGUUUCAGGGCCAUUGGUAUUACAGAAACGUUGAAAUGAUGGCUAGGUUUCUCGACACGGCGCCUGUGUAUCUCGAGGAAACCAUAGAAAGUUCGGUUCCUGGUGGACCCAUUGGAAGUCAGACGAACGUCUUGCUGUUCAACCAACACUUAGCUUACAUUAUAACAUGGUAUGCUUUUAGGCGUAAACUUGUUGCUAACAGCGGCAAGUAUGGUAUGACAUGA